CGUCRAUGCCGAAACGAAUAAAUCUAACAAUCAAAGACGAGCAAUACCCAUAGUGCGAUCCAAAAAGAAAAAUAUAACCAUGCCAGGAACCAUUAUUUCGUGGAAAAUUUGGCUACCCAUACUCGUAGCGAUGAUGCUGACAAACGAUAGACUGUUUGUUGAGGUGCAGGGUUUCACAUCGUCUCCCCCUGCCGUUUCCCAUUUUCUCUCCGAAACGAUCACAACUGCUAACGGUGACAGUGCCCUCUUCGCCGCGAAAAAGAAAAAGAAAAAAGGAAGYGCAAACAACAAGAAAAGCGGAGGGGUUUCGUUUGGGGGCUUCGGUGGGGCGGCAAUGGAGCAAUGUCCGUGCGGAUCGGGGGAAACCUACUCGAAUUGUUGUUCCAAGGUGCAUAAGAACGUUCAAAAUUUUAGAAAAGCAACGGCCGAACAAAUCGUUCGGGCAAGAUACUCGGCUUACGCUAGAAAGCUACCCGAAUUCUUGAUGAUGUCCACGCAUCCGAACAACAAAGCCUUCAAUCCCGAUUUGAGAAAGUGGAAGGAAGACAUCAAGUGAGUGACAUGAAACGAAACGAUAGUUAUCGACGAACGGUUGGAUCCACGAAUGAGUUCAAACGAAACUUCAUCCUUGCYACCGAUACCGCAUUAUUGCCCAUGAUCUGCGAUGAAGUCAACGCAAACAAUUUCUGGUGGAAACAGUCUGAUUCAUGUAGCAUUUGUUCCUUCCCUUUUCCGUAUUUACAUUUAGGCUGAACAUGUACGACAAUUUCGACCUAGAAAAAUGUGUCAUAGUAGAAGAACACUACGACRACACUAACGACGAAGACACUGAAGUUGAAACUGCUAGUGUGAAAUUUAUUGCCGAAAUGGUGUUGAGAGAAACGGGUGAAAAAACAUCCUUUAUGGAAACAUCGGCAUUCGAAAAGGCGCAGAAUUCUGGAGCUUGGCUUUACCUUUCUGGAGACAUCGAAGCAGCACCAGGUACCGAAGAAAGCAGUGACGAAAGUGAAGGCGAGGAUCUAUCCGUUGAAGAAAAGCUUGCGAGCCAGCUUUAGAGAGGAUCGAAGAAUGUAUGUCUGUGUGUUUCAUACCAUUGGUUUGUGAGUGCGUCAGCUACAGAGAUUGCUAGCUAGCAACCAAGAUUGUCAGAACUCACAAACUUUUCCAAACAAGWGGUAAUGAUAUGCACUACUUUCGUCACCCAAUCAAACAACCUUGGUUGAGACAGAUGAUAUCUGGUGCGGGUGUUUCACCAAUGCAACACUAGGGACUGGCCAGGAAAAUCCUCAAAGCAAAUAAUGAUACAUAAUCUGC